AAAGUGAGUCUCUGGUUGUUUGUCUGAGCAUGAUGACCUACUACAUAGUCACUCAGCUGUUCUACUUGCUUUCUUGGCUCUUGUUUUAAAUGAAGUAGGUACUAUAUUUCUGCCUACAUUAUUUAUCUGGGCAGUAAAAUUUACUAAGGAAAUACAGUUAUAAGUUUGGUAACAAGAUCUGGUGCAAUGGCCAAUGCAGGAGUUCAGCGCACUCUAGCUCUCAUCAAGCCUGAUGCUGUCAAUAGAGCUGCAGAAAUUGAAAAAGUGAUCACAGAGGAAGGUUUCACAAUAGUUGAGCGGCGGCAGGUGACUUUGUCACAAGCAGAUGCCGAGACAUUCUAUGCUGAGCACAAAGGCAAGCCCUUCUUUGAGACCCUCAUUGAGUAUAUGACAUCAGGAGAUGUGAUUGCUUUCAUUUUAUCAGGAGAUGAUGCGGUGGCUCGCUGGCGCCAGGUGCUCGGUCCCACGAAGGUCUCAGUGGCACGGCAGGAGGCUCCGUCUUCACUAAGGGCACGCUUUGGAGACCCUGGCAACGACUCUAAGAAUGGGACCCAUGGCUCGGACUCUCUUACAUCUGCUCAGAGGGAGAUCAAGUUUUUCUUCCCUGACUUAACCCUGGAGGCGGCGCUGACGGGGGAGGGCGCCAAGGAGUACCUGAGCCACACAGUGUCGCCGCUGCUGGUGCGCGGUCUCACCGAGCUCUGCAGGGAGCGGCCUGAGGAGCCUAUCACGUGGUUGGCUGACUGGCUGCUCGCCAACAACCCCAACAAGCCCUGAACCAACACCUCCUAUGCAGGGGAGGCUGUGUUGUGAUGUAGCACUGCAACGCCGCCCUCACAUCACUGCAACUCCAGGGCGAGGCUGUGUUGUGAUGUUGCACUGCAAUGUCGCCCUCACAUCACUGCAACUCCAGGGCGAGGCUGUGUUGUGAUGUUGCACUGCAACGCCGCCCUCACAUCACUGCAACUCCAGGGGAGGCUGUGUUGUGAUGUUGCACUGCAACGCCGCCCUCACAUCACUGCAACUCCAGGGGAGGCUGUGUUGUGAUGUUGCACUGCAACGCCGGCCUCACAUCACUGCAACUCCAGGGGAGGCUGUGUUGUGAUGUUGCACUGCAACGCCGCCCUCACAUCACUGCAACUCCAGGGGAGGCUGUGUUGUGAUGUAGCGCUACGAAGAAGCGCUAUUCACGUUUGGACGAGAGUUCAUUAUUUCAACCAUUAAAUUUUAUUGAAUAUCGAAUAGACUUUGGUCUGCUUUGAGCACUUCGACUAACGAUUGUGGGUAUUUUUUUCAACCUUAUCAUAUUAUAGGUAAAUUUAUUUUACAAUUCUUUUGGGCGUGAAAAUACGUAGAUUUAUGAACAACGGUGAAUCAGUAUCGUGGGGGUGUGCGCAAUAUUGUUGAAUUUGCACUUUUCCUAAAUUUCAAUGAAUAUUCAACUCCCCCAGUCCAUUCAGGUUACUAUUUUACAUUCCAGUUGGCGGCUGUUAUCAUUUUUUACAGUAAAUCUGUCCUCAUGCCAGCAAGUUCCUGCCGAAACGAUUAUGUAACCCAUACGUAACUCAUAGUUCAAUUAAAAAUAAUGUAACAUUCAUGCCCGUAUUCUGGUAGUAAAGAGCAGCUGCUUGUAUUAAUAUGAUUCGAACUUGAGUAAUUGUAUUUCUCUGUAUUAUCAUCCGAUGCGUUAGUUUUGUAUCUCGGCUCUUCUGACUUGUCUCAGCUGGUGUGUGGAGUGUCGCUCCUAUAUGAUUUUAUCGACUGAUUAAAGCAUCGAGCUUAGUUUCAGCUAAGUACAACUUGGCCCAAAUUGUCUUCAAUUCGGUCAUAUUCACUCCAGUGUAUUGCAUUUCUCUUUUUUUCAUUUCCCCAAUGUACCGUUAUUCUGUACCUGAUAUUAUCAUGUGAUGCUGAACAUUUUUUUAUUAAAUCGUUUAAACUGC